AUGGAUUUCCCAAGCUUCCAACCGGAGCCUCGUCAGUACGGUGAACCAUAUACCACCCAACAUCGGGUCCCCAAUAUCCGAGAAUAUAAAGAGCAAUUACAGCAUAGAAACAAGAACAAGCCAGGAACAGUGACGCCGAAAGCAGAACCUGGACCAGGAGAUCAGAGACCCAAAGAUAUUCAACAUACUCCUCCGGAAACACCGACGAACGGCUCUUUCGAUAGAGAUGGCGAUAAUGCCCUGGCUGCUCAAUUACAAACCUCCCAAAAGGAAUCGCUGAACGGUAUUGAGGAUUUUCAGAAUAGACCUCGAAAGGAUAGUUAUUCCCGGGAACCAAUGUCUCCUGCAGCUCUUGCGCAGGAUUCUAUGCAAAGUUACUCUGAAAGCUCAGGCGAAAAUGCCGAAGGGAAACAACCGCAAUGGAACUCGAAAUCACAGCUCAAAGUUCGUGAAGUCACGGACCCGGUUACGCACCUACCAGUUAACAUCCAUGAUUUUACCACGAAUGAACUACAGCAGGUCAAGGACCGAAAUGACGACGGCACUGACCAAAACAUACCCGGCGAAAAGGGAGAAGUGGAGUGGAGUCAGAAGCGGCAUGAUUCGCUGGAGGCUUUGAUCGAGAAUGAGCUUCGACAAACCCAACAAGAACCAAAAUAUUCGCCCGCAUCUCUCAAAAUUAUAGCAUUCGGACUGGUGAUCGCGGGUAUUAUCGUUAACUCAACUGUCGAGUUUAUGUUCAUCACUUUAGACACAACCGGAUUAAAUAAUCCAUUCGUCAAGAUAUUUGCCAAACUCGUCAUAGGUUCGAUACUUGGAGUCACUAUCGCCGCUGUCAUCCAGCGUUAUACCAGUGAACCCUCGACCAAUGCCUCACCGGCUCGUGAAUCCAAAGAGAAAAAUAUUUCACAAAAGCAACUCCCCGAAACAGCAGCAUGGCUCAACAAUACCUUAUCCAGUGUGUGGCCGUUGGUAAACCCAGAUCUAUUCGUUACUCUUGCCGACAUGCUCGAAGACGUGAUGCAAACAUCUCUCCCACGUUUCGUGAAGAUGGUUCGUAUAGCGGAUUUAGGGCAAGGCAAUGAGCCCCUGCGAGUCUUGGGAAUACGUUGGUUGCGUGAAGGAGCGGCUUCUCAGUCUAUCGAUGGAAUGGAAGCUGAGGAAGGAGAUUUCGUCAACUUGGAACUUGCAGUUGCAUACAAAUCUCGACCAUCAGACAAGAGCGUUAAGAGUAAAGUUAAGAAUGCACAUUUACUGUUGGAGUUUUACCUGGCUGGAGCUAUUCCUUUACCAAUCUGGGUCGAACUCAAGGGUAUGAUCGGAACGAUCCGUGUCCGUCUGCAAACAACCCCAGACCCACCGUUCUUCGGACAAAUGACCUUCACCUUCCUCGGUCAACCAAAAGUAACGCUAUCCUGCAUCCCACUAAUGAAGAAAAUGCCGAACAUCAUGGAUGUGCCCAUCAUAUCUUCAUUCGUUCAAUCCUCUGUCGAUGCUGCAAUGAGUGAAUAUGUUGCUCCAAAAAGUUUGACGCUGGACCUCAAAAAGACCUUGAUUGGCGACGACUUCAAGACCGACGUUAACGGUAAAGGAGUUCUUGUUAUCCGUAUCAUCAGCGCAGAGGGAUUCAAGAACGGUGACGGAACGAAGAGUAGUACGGAGGCUCUCGGCAAAGUCAUAGGAUUAAGUGGAAAGACCGGUUCUGAUCCAUAUGUCUCUUUGAGUUGGAGCAAAUACGGAAAGUCUCUCUGGCUCAGUAGGAUAAUAACUAAGUGUCAGACCCCAGUUUGGGAUGAGACAGCAGUCUUGAUCGUCGGGUAUGAAGAAUUAAAUGCAGAAGAGAAAUUGCAAAUCACGCUAUGGGAUUCGGAUAGAACGACUGCGGAUGACCACCUUGGGACUGUGCAGGUAGAUUUAAAAGAUCUGCUACAUGAGAAUGAAGAUGGGGUCCCAAUGACAAGAGAAGACGAAUUCGCCAGCCGGACUGGGGAUAAAAAGAUGCCGGGUACGAUCAAAUGGGAAGUAUCAUGGUUCCCUAGGACAAAACUCAGCGCGGCACAAAUCAAGUCCUCGUCAGCAGCCACCCAAGAACAGAAAUCAAAUCCAAAUGAAUUAUUCAAUGAAAUCAAAUCUGCGACAAUGCGAAAGACACGUGAGGCCCGUGAUGAAAAGGACUCGGCCUCAGAAACCGAUCAACAGCUUAAAGAAGAUAUUAAAUUCACUACAGAUGAGAUUUCCAACAAUGCACCGCCUCCUCAAGAUUUCCCAUCUGGAAUUCUAAGUAUCCAGAUCCACCAAAUAUCAUCAUUAACUCUUCAGCAACAUUCUACCUCCCGAACCCACCAUAAUGAGUCAAUCGAAGAGAGUGAGGAAGGAUCCGAUCUUCCAUCUUCAUAUUGCACUGUCACAAUCAACCACCGAAAAGUUUAUAAAACGAGAGUCAAGCCAAAGUCUUCGAUCCCGUUCUUUAACGCAGCGACAGAGAGAUUCAUUAAAGAUUGGCGGAAUGCAGAAGUAAUCGUUGGUGUACACGACAACAGGCUGCACGAAAACAACCCGAUCCUUGGGUGUGUAGUUUUACCUCUUAGCCAUGUCUUCCGAAAAAGAAGCCAAGUUUGUGAAAACUACCCUCUGGUUGGAGGCCUCGGAUAUGGAAGAAUUAGGAUUUCGAUGGUGUGGAGAAGUGUCACUUGUCAGAUUCCAAAGCAACUACUUGGUUGGGAUGUUGGAACUCUGGAAGUUCGCCCGGAAAUUAUCGGACUUGAUUUACCACAAGAGAUACAAGAGUGUGCAAGAGUAGUUGUAAGCACAAGCUAUGGAAAGAAGUCAAAGAUACCAGCCGUAAGAGAUGGAAGUGGUGCUUGGAAGAGAGAAAGACAAGUUUACGUGCCAAUCAAACAACGGUAUUCUUCAUGCGUCCUGUUCUCGUUUAGAAAGAACAGAGUUGGGCCAGACGGAACACCUGCAUUUGCCGUUUUAUGGUUGAAAGAUGUCCCAGAUGAUGAAGAAUACGAGAAGGAACUUGCAGUAUGGGACAAUGAUGGAGAUAACAUUGUGACAGCAGAAAAAAAUGCGGUCGGUGAAUGCGGAAAGAAGCUGGGGAGUAUCAAGGUCAGGACUAGAUUCUGGAGUGGCCUAACAGGCUACCAUAGAAGACUGUCAAAGAAAGAUAGCCAAAUGAAAGGGGUCAUGGAAAUCUUAGAGUGUGCAAGUGAAGGAAAGGAAUUAAGAGAUGAGGUCGAAGGUGGUUCAUCUAGCGACUCAAGCUCUGAUAGCAGUGAAAGUAGCUCUGACGAGGAGUUACAAGAAAGCGGUGAUAGAGGUGUCAUAAAGGACUUGAAGGAAUACAAAAAGAAUAAGAAAGAACUUCAUAGACAUCAUAGAGGGUUGAUGCAAUGGAAGGCGCUUCGAGGAAUAGAUUGGGCGAAGGAUCAGGUUAAGGAUACUACGAAAGAAGUUGUUCACAAAGUUACAGCUCGAGACACUCAUGAACAAGCCAAGAACAAGAUUGAGACUGAGGUUUAA